GCAUUUGUGAAUCCAGGAUUUGACUAAACCUCGGGGGAAAUCUAAAUGUGUUUAAAAACACAGUGCAGAGUGAUACGCUUUUAUUCUGAAGCUCCAGUUCCUUUGACAGUGGUCAGUCACGUGACCCUCAUGUUCACCGUCCAAAACAAAUGCACCAAACAUAAAUAUCAAAACUUGGUCAUUUUUAACAUGACAACAUACUAAAUAGGAUUCAUAACCUGAAACCUGACCACUGAGUCUGUUUGUAUCAAGGACUUUAGUUACUUUUGUGAAACUAUUUAUCUUUUACAUACAGCAGAAAGAAAGAAAUGCGUCUGUAAAUACAGAGACUAAAAAAACACAUUUAGAGUUUUCCCCGUAGGUGACUAUAGUAAAUAUUUUUGUAUUUAGUGUAUAAUAUGAUACAUGUAGCGCAUUAGGUGUUGCUCGUAAAGACAAAAGAAUCAUUAGCUAAAUUUUCAUCUCUUGGCUCAUGGUUCAGCUUCCUGCCUACAAAUUUGUUUAUUCCUCCUAUUGUCACGUUUGGCCUCUGUAUGAACAGCACCUCUAUCUAACCUAAGCUAAACGCUGUGCACUCCCUGCAGUUAGUGACUAGCGGAUGAUCACAGUGGAGCGUUGUUUUCCUGAAGACGGUGGUGGAGACCAAAAACAGAGCUGAAAAGGGAAAGACUGACCGAUAAUACCGGCGCAUGUGAGAUUUCAAGAUGCUUUUGGUGACACAGCCCCGGUGUUGACCUUGUCAGCCACCACCUUCUCAUUUCCACCCUAACCCCCGAGGCGACUCCUCUAAGCUGACUGGAGACCAGGGACAUACAGAGAGACAGUUCUCCCAGCAGAGAAGCUUUAAACGCGUGUUUGAAGAGCUUUAAUGUCUCCCAACAGAGCUAAAUGUAAUGUUCCAUGUAUAAUGGAGUAAAUCAGUGAUGUGUGUAGUAGAUGACUGACUUCCUCUGUAUGACUCUGGCUGUGUGUGUUUUAGCCUGGGGAUCAUGCCACUGUCUGUUAGAGUAAAGCACCGAUGCAAAGAAAUCUAUUACAGAUGGAUCUAUAUCGAACAUAUUAUAAUAUUUAUCCCUGCUCUAACUGCCUAUUUUGGUACAAAAAAAUAAAAGUCUUUAUUGAGAUUCACUGAAAUCCUUGUGAUGGAUAUUUAUUUUCAUUAUAUGUUGAAAUGAUAUGAAUAAUGUAAAUAAUCUACCACAGACUGCAGGUUCGUAAUAGUCUCCGUAAGGUUUCCUUCAGCUGUAUCACGAGUGAAUGCUAAAAUAAUAAUAUUAUUUCUUGGGUAAAAGCAUUUUAAAAAUUUAUACCAGAGAAAUAUGUUCAGUUAUGAACCAAAUCUAAAAUAUGCAUCUGUGUCUUGGAAAGUUGUUAGAUUUGAUGGGAGGAAAAAGGGAAGUCAAAGCUGGAUGCCUGGAUUUUACAGAUCCCAACAAUAUGCACAUCUGCCACAUCUGUAUCUCAGAUGAACUCGGCCAAAGAGACAUAUUAAGGAACAGAUGUCAGCUUCUAGCAUGUUGCUAUUAUAGCAACUACUGUGGCCACCAGGUUUCAUUUCCCAUCUUUGCUUUCCACAUUAGCACAUACUGUAUUAACACCACGAGGCUGAUGGGAAUGUCGUUAUGAGAAAGGCCACUAAUGUGAUAAUUGUUUAAAUCUGUCAGUUUAGAUAGUUGUCAUCAAACCUCCUCCUAUUUCUAAUGCAGGGGAGCAUUAGAAAUAGCAAUAGAAAUAGAGAGCAAGAGAGGAGCAGCAUCAGAGCAGCUCAGUAGCUUCGCUUACAUUGCCCAGUGGCUUCAUCACUGAUAUUGUUGUAUAUCCUGUGCUCCCGUUUAUCGCUGCUGCGUUGGUUCAUGAGUCACUGUGCAGCCGAAGAAUGAGCAGGUCGUUUUUCAGAACAGGUGGAUAAAACAACACACAUAAAUCAAUUCAGAUUAACGAUUAAUAAAAUUAUGCUUUAAAAAACACAGAAACUGAUAAAAAUGGAAGAAAAGAUAAGAUUAAACACAUCUAAAUCUUGUUUGAUUUGAAAUAACACAUUUGUAACAAAUUUCAUUCAACAAAUCAUGAUACUGUAUCUCUGACAUCAGUGACGUCUACACAUAAUCCACAGAAGAAUCAGCCUUUACCUCAAGAUGUCAAAGUCCAAAGUUCACAUAAUCAUUUUCCUUGACUUCAUCCGGUGCUUUAGGUUUAAAUGGCCAUAAUCUGGUAAUUAGUGGUCAAUUUCCUGCAGGAGAUUAUUGUCAGGGCCCACGGGAGUAUAAAUGCUGGGACAAAUAAAAGUUGGUACGUGAUCUGCUUCAUUACGUUAAGUUACUGCUUCAGCGUGAAAGAAAAGUCAAGGCUGUUUCUAAUAGCGUCAGGCCUGACAGCAGCUUCUCUGCCGCCGCUCCUCUAAACGAACUGGGAGGAGAAAAUAGCACCGUGCCGACACCUCGGCCCGCUGACACCUCCGUGUCACCACUUUAUGACUAAAUGUGAACGUUACAGCAGCAUAGUAUUCAUUUUCAUCUGCAUCAUCUACAUUUUAAUUUAGCCUCAUGAAUACGUUAAGCAUUGCAGAUAUGUUUAAAUAUGUUUACAUCCACGUGAAUGAUGCUUGAUGUUGCAGUUCAUGUGUGAUUGCGUUGUUCAUCUACCACCAAUGUAUGAAUCUGAACACCGAGGAACAGAUUUUAUAACAAAGCUGCCUUCCUUCCUGCCUUUCACCAAAAGUCAGCAGGAAUCCUCUAUGACUGUAAUAAACCAUGCUCAUGUCCUGUAGCUUCCAGCUUCUGAGUUACAGUUUGUUGAUGCUGUCAGAAUCCAGUUAAUGUCCAGAUAUGUCAGCGAUUGGAUCUUCUUUCUCCUCUUCAUUUGACUUGUCUAAGAACGGGUACAGUCUCUGAAGAGUUUGCCUUCAGUAUCACAAAGUCAUGAAUCAGAACUACUUCAUCAUCUUGCUUAUGAGGUGGAAGUUAGUAGCGAGAGCAGGUAAACUGGCUGUGUCUGUGUUGUUCAUAUUCGCACACAGCAGUCUCCCUGUGUUGGCCUGAUUCCUCUUUUUUUCCUGCCCAGCGAUGGAAAAGCACCACACUAGUGGAGAGGAGGGACAGAAGAACAGAGGUGGGGUCCUGACUGUGAAAGGCCUCUCUGUCCUGGGUUGGCCUGCAGCCAGGCAGCGGUAGCAAGGACGUGUCAGACCAGGUACACCAGAAAGUCGCACUUCAGCAACUCUGCAGCGACCUUCAAAAAACGUGCCUUUAGAGUCGUGUGAUUCCUGAAAGACGUUCGCCGGAUGAGUUGUAAACUGCGUCCGUCUUGAGAUAGGCUAGAGCUGGACUUUGACUCUGGGCCCAUUAUAUAAAGCAGAGAGGAGGGAAAGGCUGAUUUCAACAGAGCGAGGAAGAAAGCACGAGGUCACGACCAUGUGGAGGACAGUAGGAUGUCUCCUGCUUUUACUGCACGCUGUGACUGGCCAGAGUAGCAUCAGGUGGUGCACCAUCUCAGACCCAGAGCAGACCAAAUGUGAGGCCAUGUCGCAGGCCUUUUCUAAAGCCUCCGUCCAUCCGUUACUCAGCUGCGUCAGAGGACAGACGGUGAAGGACUGCGUGCUGAAGCUGGAGAAAAAAGAGGCUGAUGCUUUGUCCAUGUUUUCCAAUGAAAUCUACAACCUGCAGAAGAACUCUGUCUUUAAAAUGGCCGCCAGCGAAUCGAAGGACGACCGUACUGGUACCAGCUACUAUGCGGUUGCUGUGGUGAAGAAAGAAAACCCUGCCAUCAACAUCAACAACCUGGCCGGAAAACGGAGCUGCCACACGGGCAAAGGGCGCACGGCCGGGUGGAACAUGCCGGUGGGAUACCUCCUGGACCAGGGCUACAUGUCUGCCAUGGGCUGCAGGAUCUCACAGGGCGUGGCAGACUUCUUCAAUGCCAGCUGUGUCCCGGGGGCAAACCCUGCAGACGGUGACCCCGCAUCUCUGUGUGAGCUGUGCAAAGGCGACGCCGGCGGACAGCACAAGUGCGAGAUGAGCUCUGCGGAGCAGUACUUCAGCUACGAAGGAGCCUUCAGGUGCAUGGCUGAAGGUGCGGGAGACGUGGCCUUCAUCAAACACACCACUGUGCAGGAGAACACUGAUGGUCAUGGGCCAAGUUGGGCUCAGGGACUGGUGUCGACCAACUACGAGCUUCUGUGUCGUGACGGAACCAGAGCUCCCGUCCGCGCGUGGAGAACCUGCCACCUGGUCCGUGUCCCAUCCCGGGGCGUGGUGGUGGGCAGCCACAUCACUCCCACUGUGGUGUACGACAUGUUGCUCAAGGGGCUGGAGACGUCGAACUUCAACAUGUUUUCAUCUGCUGAAUACGGAGGAGGAACUCUGCUCUUCUCCGAGUCCUCCACCAUGUUUCAGGGGGUGGAGUCUGACCUCCCUCAGAAGUGGUUGGGACGACUGUACUAUAACGCUCUCCGUGCAAUGGACUGUGAAGCAGAAGAUGUGCUGAGGUGGUGUGUGCUGACGAGCGGCGAGCAGCAGAAGUGUGCUGACAUGGCUGCAGCUUUUCAAAAUAAAGCUCUGACUCCAAGCGUCAAAUGUGUCUACGGGGACUCGUUGACUGACUGCUUGACCAAAAUCAAGAACAAGGAGAUUGAUGCCAUCACUCUUGAUGGAGGUUACAUCUACACAGCAGGCAAAGACUUCGGCCUGGUACCCGCUACUGGCGAGAGCUACACAGAUGACCGUGACGGCUCCAUAUACUAUGCGGUCGCUGUGGUGAAAAAGAGCAGCAUUGACAUCCGUAACCUUGACGACCUGCGCGGACGUCGCUCCUGUCACACGGGAUACGGCCGCACAGCCGGCUGGAACGUUCCCGUGGCAACGCUGAUGGAGAGAGGCCUGAUCAACCCUCGGCACUGUCAGAUACCCCAAGCGGUAGGGGAGUUUUUCCAGAAGAGCUGUGUACCAGGCGCCAACCAGCCCGGCCUCCCCAGCAGCCUGUGUGGUUUGUGUGUUGGAGACAGCUCACGGCAGAACAAGUGCGAGAAGGGAAAAGAUCUGUACGAUGGAUAUGACGGUGCCUUCAGGUGUCUGGCAAGAGGAGAUGGAGACGUGGCCUUCAUCAAACAUUCUACUGUCUUCCAAAACACCGACGGCAACUCUGAUGAAUCCUGGACACUAGACCUCCACUCUGAAGACUUCCAGCUGCUCUGUUCCCACGGCACCAAAGCAGAGGUCACGCAGUACCGAUACUGUAACCUGGCCCGAGUUCCUUCGCAUGCUGUGAUGGUGCGGCCCGACACCAACAUCCACGCUGUCUACGGACUCCUGGACAACGCCCAGAAAUAUUUUGGCAGCGAUACCGGUCCUGGAUUCAGGAUGUUCGACUCACACGGCUACAACGGAUCAGACCUCAUAUUUAAAGACUCCACCGUUCGCCUCAUCGGCGUUGGCAACAAGAAGACCUACGAGGAGUGGCUGGGACAGGGCUACAUGGAGUCACUCAUUGACAUGGAGUGUAAUUCUUCAAUCGCAGUGACGUCCUCUGCAUGGAUGCUGCUAAUGACCCUGCUGAGCUUUAUGCUGACCAGCUGUUGGAUGUAAAGGCACUGAAACAGAUGUCCAGCCUCUGCUCCUUCUCCUCUCUCUCCAAUUGACACUCUAAUCUGACUUUCAUCAGCUGAUUUCGGUUUCCCUUCUUUUCUGGAGAUCCCUCCUUCUGUUCCUAAAUGUCCAUUUUUAUCCUAACCCGUCGCCACUUCUUCUCCGACUGGAGAACGUCGACAUACUGUAGAGACGAUGACAUGUUGGAACUGAUUAGAUAUGUUCUUGAUGACUGAAAGGCUGAGUCAAACACGGUGAGAGCGAGGUGUUGCUGCCACUUGCGUAGUUUACUGAAGGUGAGCUGUCGUAUCAGUGUGUACGCCGCUGCCUGUUACAUUGGUGGAACCGGUCGUUGGUAAGAUGUCUGCUGACUGAUAAUGACAAAGCCCUGAAGCAGUUCAAUUUAUGCAAUAACAUGUAUCUAAAUUAUUCACGUUUCAUCUGAUCUGAAAUCAGCUUUACUCUUCUCUGACCCCAACACGUCACUCUCCUUAGACGCCAAACAUGACAUGUGCUGGCUGGGUCUGCAUGCUGUUUCCUGUUCUGUCACUGGUAAUUCAUUGUGUGUUCCUAUGUUGAGAGAUUUAUUUUUAUAUGAAGUUCAGGUGCCAUAUCAGUGUAUAUGUACUGACUCAUGCUGUCAGAAACAAAUGUCUUCUCUGCCGCUUGAUAAAGAGUGAAAUUGUGUAACAUGUAACUGAGAUUUAGGUGCCAGGCCAGUGUGUCUGCAUGAGUAUUUGCUACAUAAAGCUGUUGAUUUGGCUGUUUUCUGUGUUUUUUCAAAUGAAAUAAAGACAAAUGCUGCAAA